GACUCCACCAAGCCGGUCCCGGUGACGUCGGAGGAAAGCCGAGCCUUCACUUUGCACAGCCUAAAGGUAUGCCUGCUCGCGGCCGGCGCUCAAGUCCGGGCCACGGAAGAGGUUUCGUCCUUCGGGGAAGGGGUGUCACGUUUUGUCUACUCGACGGAAGCCGACAUAGAGUCCUACGUCCUCGCAGACUCGCCAGAACCUAUCCAAGCACCUCAGACUGACCUACAGCCUCAGCCUACGGGCACACCGAUUCCAGCAGACGACACUGAGGCACUUUUAGUGCAGAAAUUCGCCAACCAGGCCCACAGCUCAUCAGAAUCCGAGGAUGAGCAGGAGGGGGCCCGGAAGUCGGGGGUAUCAACCUUCAGCUUAUUUCGCAACGGCCCAUGGGGAGUGAUCCACGCUUGUCGCCAAGGAGAUGAACGA